UGGAAAGUAGGAAACGACAACAACUCUCUGUGUUUCCAAAUUUUCAAACAAACAAACACGAACGGACAAACGUCUUCUCCUCUCAUCCGGUUUCUUUCUUCAAUCGCGCAAAUCUCUCGGGUUCUUCUUACAAAAUCGUCUUCUGUCGGCACAAAUGGCUUCAUCUUUGGCUUCUCCUUCGGUUACUGCUUCGGUUUCUACUUCAGAAGAUCUACAGGUCCCUUUUGUGUACGCUUUCAAGGAUAUUCAACACCGUGCAUUAAGGUUGGAAGGAGAGGAAAAAGAGUUUUGGUUUGUUGUAAAUGGCGUGCCCAUCAGAUACUCGAUCCAGGAACAUGCCAUUAUCUCCGACUUAAAUUUUAACAACUAUUCGGAGGACUGGACUAAAUGUAAGGGAAGUGAAUUUCGGAAAAGAAUAUUCGGAACUUCAAAAGUUACCAUAGAAGCUGCAUUAAAGAAGUUGCGCGAAACUCCACAUGCAAAUGUGGAAGAAAGAAAGAGAUUAGCAAUAAUUGUAUUGUUUUAAACAGUGAUUUGGUGGACAUGGUCGAAAGUCUGG